CGUUUUUGGAGCCAAACCCUAAAAUACCAGAUAAAAAUAUCCAUCAAUUUAUUCACCAUUAUUAUUUUUAAAAACGAUGGUUAUAAUCCAAUUAUGUUCGUCGAGCUUAUUCAAGUCCCGUAUUUGAAAUCCUGAAAUUCCAAUUCCCAUUCUUUCAGCUCCCAUUUCAGCUUUAUUUUAGCUACUCGAGGUCUCUUUCAGCAGCUGUCGACAGUUUAAGUUCCUUCACUAUGAGCAAUUGCAACAUGACUAGAUUUUGUGCCGUUCACCGUAAAGCCGUGGCUCCCUUGUCCAUGAGCAGAAGAUGUAGAAAUGGGUGUCAAAGAACCCUUCCCGCCAACACUUUAACGCGUUUCUCCCAGAACACUAAAAGUAUUGUCCGUGCCCCGAGAUCGAUAGUGUUAGCCGUGAAUCUCACCCCGUUUGAUGCACCUCAACGCUCAGAUGAAUGGUUUGCCCUUCGGAGGAACAGGUUGACCACAAGCACCUUCAGUACUGCUUUGGGGUUUUGGAAAGGAAAGCGCCGCUCCGAGCUCUGGCAUGAAAAAGUUUUUGAAUCGGAAAUGCAGGUCGUGGAAUCUUCUAAAAAGUGUGCUAUGGAGUGGGGUGUUCUCAAUGAAGCCGCUGCUAUUGAGCGAUACAGAAGUAUUACAGGUCGUGAAGUAAGCUCUUUAGGCUUUGCUAUCCAUUCUAAGGAGCAGUUGGACUGGCUUGGUGCAUCACCCGACGGUCUUCUCGGUUGCUUUCCAGGAGGUGGCAUCCUGGAAGUGAAGUGUCCAUACAACAAAGGCAAACCCGAGACUGCUCUGCCGUGGUCAACCAUGCCAUUCUAUUACAUGCCUCAGGUUCAGGGUCAGAUGGAGAUAAUGGACCGAGAAUGGGUCGAUUUAUAUUGCUGGACACAAAACGGAAGCACGAUAUUCCGCGUGUGUAGAGAACGCAGUUACUGGGAUCUUAUACACGGCAUUUUACGGGAAUUUUGGUGGGGGAACGUAAUGCCCGCUAGGGAAGCCGUAUCGUCGGGCAAGGAAGAGGAUGCUAAGACAUAUGAACCUGCAUCCACACACAAGAGAACCGGGCUUGCAAUUUCGAAGAGCAUAAAGUUAGCUAGUGAAGCAAAGAUGUUUUGUAGGGAGAUUGCAGGUCAUAUUGAAUUUUAUAGAUGAUUAGCCACUGCACUUUUCUUAUUCAUAAUUGCCAUUGAUUUUUAACCAUGUACAGUGGCCAUUGUAUUUUUAUAAUUCCACUGACCAUCUGUCAAGAACAA